AUGAUGCUAUCUUAUGCUACUCUCUUGCUUGGAGCUGUGUCCCUUGGGUACGCUUUUGAUAGCAAAAAAUCUUGUUCUGUCAUCACACAACAACUCAGUGACCCUCCCUACGAAAACUACUUUUACUCCGAUUGUCAUGUUGACACUCAAAUCGUCAUUACGAGUCCCCUCCCCGACUCCAAUUUAACAAUCAUCGGCCCGAGAUUGAUUGCUGCUUGGCCUGCGGGAAAUAGUGGCAUCUGCACAUUCUUCCAGCCUCAAAGCGGGAAGAAUGGAACGUUAGGAAUCGAGCUUGUUAAUUCUACUUUGGGACAACCUUUGAGAGGUAUUUACAACAAUGAAGGCUCGUCUGAUGUCCCGAAUGUGGGAGUGGAAGGAGUCAUCUCUUUCAAUACAUCCACAAACCUGGCGACCGCCAUUCUGGGUAGUAUUCGCAACAUUCGCGACUUUACCGAGGGUCCUAGCAUUCUAGAACCUAUCAUUCAAGAUGCUAUAAAUGUCACCAAGUUCAACAAGUCUGGUGUCCAAUUCUCUCGCUUGUGGUUGGAUAAUGUUACGACCACAACCUUUACUCUCAUACCUUGGGAAAAUCCUGACAAUGAGAUCGAGAUCAAUAAUGGAACGGCCAGCUUUGGCGCCGGCUUCUAUCAUUUCUCAGCAUCCCUGGACUACCCUCAAUUGAAACAGCUCAACCCUGAGCAGGUUCUGAACAGUGAUGCGCAGACAUUGAUCAAGGAAAAGCCUUCCCAGACAGGCUCUCUUUCUUUCUUUUCCUAUACCGAGAAACUCCUUGCGGGAGGCUGGAGAUACUUGACUUACUUCGGUCGUGAUAGCAUGAUUUCAGCCUUACUCCUCGAACCCGUUCUGAGCACUGGCAGUGCCUCUGCUAUGGAAGCAGUGAUUGGAGCUGUUCUCGAACGUAUAAAUCGCACCGAUGGAUCUGUUUGCCACGAAGAAACCAUUGGAGAUUACGCGACCUUCCUGAACCUGAAAAAAAAUAUCAGCUCCACUACCGCUGGAUUUACAUACCCCAUGAUUGACACCGAUUACUUCUUACCAGUCCUGAUGGCGAGAUACUUUGAUGCUUCACCUACGCGGAUCAGACCCCUACUGAGCGCUAAAGCCGGCAGCAUUGACAGCGAGAAUAAGAAUUUGACGUGGGGUGACCUCAGCUAUAUUGGCGCUCAAAAGAUCAUGAAUAUGACCAAAGCCUUCGCAGACAACUCAACAGUGGAGAAUCUGAUGCAUCUCAAAGAGAGUGAAAUUGUUGGGCAAUGGCGUGAUUCAACCUAUGGUCUUGCUAAUGGACGGAUUCCCUUUGAUGUGAAUUGUGCAUUGGUUCCCGCUGCUUUAUAUGCCAUUUCGGAACUCGCAAAAAUGCCUGGUGUCUACCCCAACGAUUCUAUGUCACGAGACUGGGCAACAGUUGCAGCGAAGAGAGCCAAGAUUUGGGAGGACAAGACGCUUACUUUUUUUCAGUAUAAUGUCACUAUCGACGAAGCAAAGUCUCGGUUGCAAGAAUAUAUUGAUAAGAGUACAUUUUAUGAUGGCCCGACCCAUGCCGAAGCUCUUACAAACUACUCUUCAUCGGGCAAAGUCAUCAACUACGCCAUUGCGAUCAACAGCAGCGAGUCGCCUGAAAAGCUCCCUAUUAUGCAUACAGAUACAGCAUUCCGACUCUUCUUACUUAACUCCACAAAUGAUAAUCAACUUACGACGUUCAUUAAUGCCACUGCGAAUGCUAUUAUCCGCCCAUUCCCUGCCGGUCUUACGACUCCUGUUGGCGCGGUGGUUGCUAAUCCCGCGUUAUCAGGCGAAGACGUACUGAUAGCCAACUUCACCAACUCGGCAUACCAUGGCACCGUAGUCUGGAGUUGGCAGUUAGCCCUUAUGGCCAAGGGCUUGGAGCGACAGCUGGAGCGCUGCACGGAGUCUAACAACUCGGCCCCAGCAUUCUGCGGUGACAAGGGAGUAUACGGGGCUGUAAAGAAGGCAUACAAUAUUCUUUGGGACGCCAUUGACGACAAUUCUAGUCUAUUGCAGUCUGAGGUUUGGGGUUGGACCUAUAGUAAGAACGUUGGGUAUAAGAUGGCACCAUUGGGAGCACUUCCCCCUCCACAGGGUGUGAGUGGCGGUACGGAGAGUAAUGUGAGACAGUUGUGGAGUUUGACAUUUUUGUCUGUGACGAGGAAUGUGGACUACAAGUAG